AUGAAGUGGCUCCGCCUCUGCAUCCCGUCGAAUAACACGAUUUUCAUCAAGGCCGUGAGCGAGACGCUCGGACGGAACGAGCCGCAUUUGACGCUCGAGUUUCUCGAGGAAUGCAUUCAGGGAUUCCGAGCCUCUACGAUCGAGCUGAAGCAUUUGUGUCUCGAGUACAUGACGCCUUGGUUGCCGAAUUUGACGCGGUUUUGCAAGCACUCGGAUGACACGAAGAGACAGCGUGUGGCAGUCAUAUUGGACAAGCUCAUUACGUUGACGAUAGAAGAAGAGGAGAUGUAUCCGUCGAUCCAGGCCAAGAUUUGGGGCAAUAUCGGAGCCGUGUCGGAUUUGAUUGACAUGGUGUUGGAUUCGUUUUUGAAGCGCUCUGUGACUGGUGGCCCGUCGUCUAUGCAGGCUGAGAUCAUGGCUGAUACUGCUGUAGCGCUGGCUGCUGCAAACACGCAGUUGGUGUCUAGGAAAGUCAUUUCCAGAUUGUGUCGAGUGUUGGAGAAGACAUGCGCCAGUCCGACGGCCAUUUUGGAGCAGCAUUUGAUGUGGGACGACAUCGCGAUCCUAGCGAGAUACUUGCUGAUGCUGUCUUUCAACAACUGCUUGGACGUGGCGUCGCAUUUGCCGUUCUUGUUCCACAUUGUGACGUUUCUGGUGUGCACGGGGUCUUUGAGCCUCAGGGCGUCGAUUCACGGCCUCGUCAUCAACACCAUACAUUCCUUGUGCACUUGCACGAGUCCACAAUUUUCCGAGGAGCGGAAGCGGGUGUUGAGGAUGAGUUUGGACGAGUACUCCUUGGCCAAAUUUUACAGUCUGUUCGGGAUCUCAAAAGUGAAGAGUCCAGCUGUGAUGGCAUUCCGUUCGAGUUACAGGAACGCGGGGAUCGGAGAACGUUUCGGGCCAGAUCGGUCACUAGGUGGCUCUGCUCCCGACCGCGAAAAGAUUUCCUUGCAAUCGCUCGAAAUCAUCGCAGACUCUUUACUCGAAAUCAUGGAGGCAAGUUUCGCAGUUUUACGGGGUGAAUGUACGAUGGGGCCGCGACAUACGGCCGAUUCGACUUGGGGACACUGCUGUAUGAAGGACAUUCCGGAGAGCAACUGGCUCCAGCAGUGGACAGCACUGGCCCGCAGCUUUGCCCUGCGCUACAACCCGGCCCUGCAACCCAGGGCCCUCAUCGUAUUCGGCUGCAUUUCCAAAUCCGCGUCGGACACGGACGUGAAGCAGCUUUUGCGGAUCCUGUUGAAGGCCCUCGAGAGCUUCUCGGACAUCACUUUGAUCGAGGCGAUCGUCAUGUGUUUGACUCGGCUCCAGCCCUUGUUGAGACGGGAUUCGCCGAUCCACAGGGCCCUGUUUUGGGUUGCCUUGUCCGUGUUGCAGUUGGACGAGGUGUCGUUGUAUUCGGCUGGACUCGCUUUGUUGGAGAUGAAUCAGCCGCUGGAGACGUUGAUGAUGCAGACGCGAGAGCCGUUGGAGUGGUACUUCAAGCAACUUGACCAUGCCAUGGGGAUGAGUUUCAAGGCCAAUUUCCACUUCGCCCUUGUUGGGCACUUGCUCAAGGGUUUCAGGCAUCCAAAUCACUGCACUGUUGGCAGAACUGCCAGGGUGCUCACCAUGCUGCUGGCCAUUGUGGCCAGGCCUCAUCAGAGAGAUAAAUUUGAGCCGCUGGAGACGUUGAUGAUGCAGACGCGAGAGCCAUUGGAGUGGUACUUCAAGCAACUUGACCAUGCCAUGGGGAUGAGUUUCAAGGCCAAUUUCCACUUCGCCCUUGUUGGGCACUUGCUCAAGGGUUUCAGGCAUCCGAAUCACUGCACUGUUGGCAGAACUGCCAGGGUGCUCACCAUGCUGCUGGCCAUUGUGGCCAGGCCUCAUCAGAGAGAUAAAUUUGAGGUUACCGAGGAAUCAGUUGCAUAUUUGGCGGCAUUGUUGCCUGUGAGUGAAGAAGUGAGGAGUCGGUGCAGGUUGAGGCAUCCUGUGGAAGAACAAAUUUACCUGGUGACGGCCAACAAGAGAGCAGCUGGCAUGAACGGAGACGAUGGCGCCGGUGGCGGUGUCUUUGAGCGCCACUCGGCGUCCCACACCUGCUCAGUGGAUACCGUCAAGCAGUGCCUGCUUGUCGGGACGAAGGUGGAUAAUUUCAAGUCGAGUCGGUCGGCGUCGAUCCCGGGUUCAGGCGUGGCACGCCGACACAAUCAUCGGUUCGCCGCCAGCUGGAGCCACCAGCAGCACGCCACCGCCAAAAAGGACGCCGGCCCGUGUCCGUCAGACAAGAGUGGCGGCGGCGGCGGCAGCGGCGGGAUGCCGAGAGCCUCGUCCGUCUGUCGGCUUGAUGUUGUCCAGUCCCAGUGUGCGAAUGGUUGUUACCAUCCCCUAGUUAUUAUUCCGGAUAUCCUUGCCUUUUGUCCGGUUUUGUUAUCUGAUAAAUAA